UGUCCCUCCAGAAAGCAUUGAUCAGAUUCACUUGUCUAUAGCUGUUAUGGAUUAUGACCGUGUAGGUCACAAUGAAGUAAUUGGAGUCUGUCAAGUAGGCAACGAAGCAGAAAGUCUUGGGCGAGAUCAUUGGAAUGAAAUGCUCUCCUACCCUCGAAAACCCAUUGCACGCUGGUAUCCGCUUGCAGAGGGCCCUAAAUGUUCUGCAGGCUUUCUGCGCAUUGAUGGCUGCCGAAGAGGCUUCUUCACUCUUUUAACCUAUUCAGCAGAAAUCUGGCAUUCCUGUUGAACCCUUUCUUAGCCGCUUUCUCAGGGGCCAUUCUGCAGAGUCCAACGGGAUUAAGGCAUCCCCUUAAUUCCAUUAUUUGGCCGUCACCUUUUCCCCUGCCCCAGGAUGUAUAAAUCCCAACCCUUAGAAUACAAAACAUUUAUUAGUUACAAAGAUGCUCCUGAAGCUUUCUACAGUUUUCAUUCUAACACAGUUACCUGUGUCUGUCAGGAACAUCCUUCUAUUGUUACCAGUGGGCUUUCAAGUAAAUUACAUAAUAAUAAUACAUUGUCCCAGUCAAGAGGCUAACCCAUUUUGAUAUACAUGUUGAAAUUGAUCAAAAUCCUAUUUUUAUUAUGGUUAUUAUCAUAAAUACGAUCUUCUCCAUCCUACUUUCCAUUUCUUUAGAUGUCAUACUAUUGAUAAACCGCUCUUGCAAAUUUACAGUCUAUGAAUUACCAUGCAAUAAGAAGUUCUAGAGGUUUCCGCAAACCGAACUCUUAACUUCUUUCAAUAAUCAAGGUGAAUUGCCUGCCCGAAGCCAUACAAAAAGCUCAGAAAAUAAAACUAGAUUUAUAAAGUUUCCUUUGAGUCAAGCUUGAAAUGUCCUUGUAGCUUUCUGGGUGGCAACAUGGAUAGUUAUAAUUGUAUUGUAAUGUAUAUACAAUACAAAAUUAUAAUUAAUUGUAACAAUUGUUAAGGGUGGUUGCAUGGUCAGCCAGAUGUUUAGACCAGGGGUAGUCAACCUUUUUAUA